AUGGCAUCACAAAAUCAUUCAUCAGUGGCUGAGUUCAUCUUACAAAGUUUCUCUGAAAAUCCUCAGUUUCAGAUCCUUAUCUUCAGCCUCUUCUUAGGACUUUUUAUAGUGGCAUUCACAGGUAACUCACUCAUUAUCACUGUGAUUAGUCUAAAUCCAGGUCUCCAUACUCCCAUGUACUUUUUCCUUACAAAUUUGGCCUUACUGGACAUUCUCUCCACCUCGACUAUAGUGCCUAAGUUGCUACAGAACUUAAUAACCAAGAACACCAUUUCCUAUGGUGGUUGCAUGGCUCAGAUAUACUUCCUAACUUGGUGUUUGGCGGGUGAAGCCUUGCUUUUCACAGCCAUGGCGUAUGAUCGGUAUGCAGCCAUCUGCCAGCCCCUCCACUACAGCACUGUCAUGAGCAAGACAGCUUGCUGCCUCAUAGUAUCUGCAGUGUGGGCUAUCAGUUGGACCAAUACAACAAUACACAUCAUCAUGACUGUUCACUUGUCUUUCUGUGGCCCCAACGUCAUUGAUCAUUAUUUUUGUGAAAUUCCUCCAUUAUUUCCUCUCUCCUGCUCCUCAACUCAUGUCAACAAAGCCAUGGUAGUUGCAGCAGACAUGUUCUUUGCUAUUUUCAAUUUUCUGCUCAUCUUGCUGUCCUAUGGUUUCAUCAUCUCCAGCAUCUUGAAGAUCCGGUCCAAGGAAGGGAAAAAGAAAGCAUUUUCCACUUGUUCCUCCCACCUUAUUGUGGUUACCAUGUAUUAUUGCACUGUAAUUUAUAUAUACAUUGUUCCUGCUUUUGGUCAAUCUCCAAAGAAAGGCAAAGUGGCUUCAGUGUUUUAUACCAUAGUGACCCCAGCCUUGAACCCUCUCAUCUACUCCCUGAGAAACAAGGAUGUGAAAAUAGCACUCAUGAAAUUACGUCCAUUCCUUAGGAAAUAA